GCGGCGGCGGCGGCGAAGCCCCCUCCCCGGGGAGCGGGGCCGGGCGGGCUCCCGAGCGGGGCGGCGGCCGGGACGAUGCAGCAGAAGCUGCUGCGGAGCGCGCACUACAUCGAGCUGGGCGGCUACCAGUACUGGCCGGUGCUGGUGCCCCGCGGCAUCCGCCUCUACACCUACGAGCAGAUCCCCGUGUCGCUCAAGGACAACCCGUACAUCACCGACGGCUACCGGGCCUACCUGCCGUCGCGGCUGUGCAUCAAGAGUCUGUUUAUUCUGUCUAAUGAGACGGUCAACAUCUGGAGUCAUUUGCUGGGCUUUUUCCUCUUCUUCACCCUGGGGAUAUACGACAUGACGUCGGUGCUGCCUUCAGCGAGCGCGUCCAGAGAAGAUUUUGUGAUCUGCUCCAUUUGCCUUUUCUGCUUCCAGGUCUGCAUGCUUUGCUCUGUGGGCUAUCAUCUGUUUUCCUGCCAUCGGUCGGAAAAAACAUGUCGAAGGUGGAUGGCGUUGGACUAUGCAGGAAUUUCUAUUGGAAUACUGGGCUGCUACGUCUCGGGAGUGUUCUAUGCAUUUUAUUGUAAUAAUUACUGGCGCCAGGUGUACCUGAUCACGGUGCUGGCCAUGAUCCUGGCCGUGUUCUUCGCGCAGAUCCACCCCAGUUACCUCACGCAGCAGUGGCAGCGGCUCCGCUCCGUCAUCUUCUGCUCCGUCUCGGGAUACGGGGUCAUUCCCACCCUUCACUGGGUCUGGCUCAACGGAGGGGUCGGUGCUCCUAUCGUCCAGGACUUCGCGCCCCGCGUGGCCGUGAUGUAUGUGAUCGCGCUCCUCGCGUUCCUGUUCUACGUCUCCAAGGUCCCCGAGCGCUACUUUCCAGGACAACUCAACUACCUCGGCUCAAGCCACCAGAUCUGGCACGUCCUGGCGGUGGUGAUGCUGUACUGGUGGCAUCAGUCCACGGUGUACGUCAUGCGGUACCGGCACAGCGAGCCUUGUCCCGACCCCGUCUCGCGCUUGUGAGCCCAGGCGUGGCAGGGGGAUCCCACCGUACGCGAUCCGUGACGGGAGCCGUGUGCCCCACUGAUUCCACGGGUCCCAUCCGUUUUUCCUUUCUUCUCGUUUAAUGUAUCGUGGGUGAUGCUUUAUAAAAAUGGAAAACCGUAUUUGGGGAUCUCGACUAUCAGCUGCUUUACAGAUCCUUGAGACUGCUAAUUUGCUGCUCGUACAGAAAGUGAAAUGAGCUGAUGGUCAGGAAACAUCUGAACAGUGAACAUGCAGAAACAGGACUCGUACUUAACACCAGCUCAGCUUCCUUAGGAAGGGCUCGUCUCCGUUGGAAAGUGGAGUCAUCCUGUGUGAGUAUCAGGAGAUACUUUGAGCAGAUUAUCGAGUUUGAGUGCCUGAUCCAGGCAGGAGUCGUUACAGCCUAGGCUCGCUACAAGCCAGGAUGGUGAUUUUGAGUAAUCGCUAGCCUUUAAAUAAAUAUGUA